UCAGCAUCAUCGUCGUCAUAAAGCAGAUACAUCAAAACAAAAACCAAAACAAUCUUCCACCGACUGCUUGCUUCUGCAAAGCUUCUCGUUACCAGACGAAAUAGUGCUGCAUUUUUCGCGAUGGAAAUCGUCAACCCGAAUGCGGCAAUCCUAACCAACUUCGAGGUUAUGGCGACCUUGAAAAACAUGAAAAGUAGCAAGAAAAAGUACGGCCUGCGGAAUCUGGCCACCAUUACCUACGAAACGGUGCAGUUCCUCGAGGACACCGCCUGUAAGGAGCAAACCUCAGAGUUGGUUGUAGAAUUUCUGAAAGCCAUGAAGCAGUUCAAUCUCACCAAGAACGAAUGCUUGAUGAUGAUCAAUGAUCCGCCCGUUUCUGCGCUGCACAUUCAGAUUAUGAUCGAAGAUUCGGACGAGCGACUAACGGAUGAGCAGGUUAAUUUUAUCAUUGAAUGCGCAGCCAAGCUACGAACAGGGAUGGGUCAGCAGCAGGAAGGACAAGAAUAAUCGCUUCGGAGUUGUGUGCUGUGUUCCAUUGUUUCUUAUAUUAAGAAAUAUGUAUACAUAUUAAAAUAUUUUAUUACAU